UUUAGUUUCCAUAUUUUUGCAAAAGUGAAUAUUAUUUGUAAAAUCGUAAAUUUACUGCUUGGAGAUGCAGUCACUUCUCAACAAACAAAAAAUUCUGGAAACUUUACUCGAUUCUUAUACUUGCAAAAUAGAAGGAUGUAACACCGUGACAAAUUCAAGUCAAAAAAUGUUGAGUCAUCUAAGAGUGUAUCAUAAAAAAGAUGGAAACUUUACAAGUCCUUGUGUAUUCAGCACUGAGUGUUUUCACUUGUCAAACUUCAAAUCUUUUGAUGGAUUAUAUUACCAUUUAAAAACAUUCCACCCGAGUUUUUUUUAUAGUCCUGCGAUUGAACAAUCGCAAGUUAUUGAAGCGUGUACCGAAACAGAAGUUGUGAACAAUAACUCAGGAAUUGAAAUUGACUGUGAGCUGCAUUCCUCGCAUGUUGAAUUAGUGAAACCUAGAGAUGUUGAUUUACAACACCUUGGUGCAGAUUUUGUCCUAAACAUGUUGACGGAACAAAAGUUAACCCAAGUUAAUGUCCAGUAUGUCAUGGAAGCAGCAACGACUUUGAUCACUGAAGCUGUAAAACAGAAAGUGCAACAAGCCAUUUCUUUUUUGCAACAAAGCAAUGUCUCAAUGGAGACUGAUAAUCAUGAUCGUGAUGCUCUGAUCCCAUUGUUGGAUUACAAGGAAGAUCCCUUUGUUUAACUUCGCAAUCAGUAUGGACAAAACCAUUACUU